AUGAACUGUCAAGCAGACAAUGGAGCUCUGUCAGAAGAUGGCGAUGGCUUUACCAAGAAUUCCAGCUGGAUCCAUUUGACGCAAGGAAAAGAAUUUAGUAGGCUUCUUUAUCCAAAUCCAGUCUGCUUUCUUUGCACCGCCACCGCCACAAACAGAAACAAGAGAUCGAGUAGUCCCAAUAAUCUAUCAUCAGAAGAUGCAUCACCCAAUAUCUUUAGGCGAAACGUCAUGGUAAUAUCCUGGUUGUCGCCUGUUGACAAUGAUGGGUUCUUUGUAAUGAGUGUGAAUGCUAGAAGACAUUCGAUAAAACAUCUGCUUCGGUCGACACCAGGGGAUGCCGUGAGUGUCGAAAUGACAGAUAGCACUGACACGUCUCCGAGCAAUAACGAUGUCCCGAUAAUAUUCACACUAUGUGUUCCGACUCUGGACUUGAAGGAUUUGGUACUACACGUCGGAAGUGUCUCUGGAAAGGAUAUUUGCAAGUUUGGUAAUAACAACAGCAACAUGUUGGAUUCUGCUUUUGACAAUUCUUGCAUGAGCAAGAGAAAGAAACGAAAGCUACAGAAGCAAAGAUUAGAGGCUAGAGGCAGGAGAAGGUAUCUCCGGACUGGUUGCGCUUUCAUAUGGUCAGCAAGAUCAUAUGGUGAUAGACGACGAUAUCAAGGUUUAUGA